ACUGCUUUUUUCUUUUUUCUUUUUCCUUAUUUAUUUAUUUCGUCUUAUCUUUUUUAUGCUUAAUACCCAAAUUUAAUAUCGAAUACUCGACUCGAUGAACGCGCUGUCACUCCGCCUCACAACCACCACCACUGUCGCCAGCGUUGUCGCUGCUGCUGGCACUCGGCACUCAGCAAAGGCUGCUUCUUUGCUCGGCAGGCGCUUCCUGGCUACCGAGGUUGAUUCUGCAGAUGACAAGCCCGCGCGGCGCGUACGCAAGGAUUUUGCAGACAAGAUCAAGGGCGGGCCAGGAUUUUCCGACUUUGUCGGCGGCAUGGAUGAGCCCCUGAAGCCCUCGCAGGCCAUGGAGAAGGCAGCUCAGGUACAAGGCAAGCUCCAGAGCAAAGCGAGCAAGCACACACGGCUCCCGCAAUGGCUCAAAACAGAUAUCCCCACGGGCGGCAACGUGACGAAGAUCCGCAAGACACUGCGCGACCUUAAGCUGCACACAGUAUGCGAGGAGGCGCGGUGUCCCAAUAUGGGCGAAUGCUGGGGCGGGGGUAAGCACGGCACGGCAACGGCAACCAUCAUGAUCAUGGGCGAUACAUGCACGCGUGGUUGUAGGUUUUGCUCGGUCAAGACUAGCAAGAACCCGGCUGCUCUGGAUCCCUUGGAGCCCACCAAUGUGGCGACGGCGCUGGCUGCUUGGGGGCUGGACUAUGUUGUCUUGACGUCGGUUGAUCGCGAUGAUCUGCCUGAUUUUGGCUCGGCUCAUUUUGCCGCGACGGUGAAUAAUAUCCGCCAGAUGGCACCCCAGAUGAUGAUCGAGUGCUUGACGCCGGAUUUCCUUGGACGCCCGGAGCUGAUUGAGCCUGUGGCGCUUUCGGGACUGGAUGUCUACGCACACAACAUUGAAACCGUUGAGUCCCUGCAGCGCAUGGUGCGCGACCACCGCGCCAACUACAAGCAAUCCAUGUUUGUGCUCCAGCAUGUCAAGCAAACAAAGCCCACACUUCUGACCAAAUCCUCCAUCAUGCUGGGUGUCGGCGAGAAGGACGAGGAAGUGUUGCAGACCAUGAAGGAUUUGCGCUCGGCUGGUGUCGAUAUUGUCACCCUUGGGCAGUAUAUGCGGCCGACUAAGCGCCAUAUGAAGGUGCACGAGUAUGUGACUCCUGAAAAGUUUAAGCAUUGGGAGCAGGUCGGUAAUGAGCUUGGAUUCCUUUAUACUGCCAGUGGUCCGUUGGUGAGGUCAUCUUAUAAGGCGGGUGAGUUUUUCAUUUCAGAGAUUCUGCGCAAACGCAGCGCGGUGGCUGCUGCCAAUGCUGCCAGUGCUGGUGAGUCUGGCGGUGCAAAGAGCUUGCGGGAUAUUGCUGCUACUAUUGCUACAGAGGAGCGCAAAAAGUCUAUCAUGGCUGACAGCUCUGCCGGCACGUCGUAAAACAUAGUUAAUGGUAGUAUUUUUUCUUUUGAGACUGAAAUUUGCAAUACACAC